CUGGUUAGAAAAUUACAUUGAAUGCAGGUAGAGAUGAAUAUAUAGCAUCGUGAGUCAAACUUCCUUUGCAUAUACCAGUUUCUAAAAUUGUGUGAUCAUGAAAUAGUGGAAGAUAUAUUAGGAACUUUGUUUAUCAAUUUUUUUUAUUUUAUAUGUAUCAGUUACGUUAAUAACUGUUUUUUUUUUGCAUUGAAGUUUUUUUCUACAUUUGUAGUUUUUCUUUAAAUGUUAAGCCAUGUAUCAAAAUUUUAUUAGUCAUAUAACUCGUGCUUUAUUAUAUAAAAGAUGUCAAUUGGCAUUCUAUUAGGUUGUUUCCAUUUUACGUUUAAAGAAUACCAGAUUUUACGUACAUUUUCAAUUUAUAAUGGGAAAGUAUGUUUUAGAUUUUUUAAAAAUUAUAUUGCAUCCGAACUGAUCAGAAAUUACCAAAUCCGAUCUUUUCAUCAAUGGUAUAAAAUUCAAUUUCUACCAUUAAGAUUGUUACUUUUAGGUGGUUGCGUUUUUGCAAUGUAUUUCAAUAUUUUUAUUAUAGCAAAUUCUCUCUUGUUUUGUAUAUUCUCAGAAUAAACUAUAUGUGUGCUUUCUGAAACAGCAGUCUGUUUCUAAAAACCUUUUAAAAAGCAAAUUAAAUUCCUAGAGCUCAAAGAUUAACCUUCACAGGAGACGUGGGUUAGGCUUGAUAAGACUGUGGUCUUUUAGUCCGUUCCACAAUGCUCUUGCACAUUAUAUUGGUGUCCAAUAUUGCGACUAAUUAAUAAAAAUAGUUGAAUACAAUAAUGGUCUAAAAAAAGAAUUUUCCUAUUUGUAAAUUAAUAUAAUUAAAUCCUCGAAACUCAGAGUCUUCUUUCCAAAGUAAAUGACAACAUGUGCUGCCUUAAGAAUGAUUCAAGAAAAUUUGAUCGUGGAAUGAACUUAGUUUACAUGUUGUUGACUUGACUUGUUACCGUUGUCCUAUAAUACUUAACAAGAAACUGCGACAUUUUUCAUUCACUUGCACAUUGUCUCCUUGUCUCCAAACAUCCAAACAAAAACCUUAAAAAUGGCCGUCCAAGAACCAUUGGUUCCGCACCAUCAAGUGUUUCUUAAUUUCCGAGGAGAGGAGCUUCGUGACGGUUUCGUCAGUUAUCUGGAGACUGCAUUGAAAAACGCUGGGAUCAAUGUGUUCAUAGACAAAAAUGAAAUGAGGGGAGAAGAUCUAACCGUUCUUUUCCGUAGGAUCGAAGAAUCAAAGAUUGCGUUGGUCGUGUUCUCGAGAAGGUACAUGGAAUCAAAAUGGUGUUUGAACGAGCUGGUGAAGAUCAAAGAAUGUGUCGAAGAAAAGAAACUUGUGGCCUUUCCCAUAUUCUUUAAGGUCAACCCAAUUGAGUUAGAAGAACUUUUCUAUGAUGCACGUGAGAUUCAUAGCAAUGUGCAGACUCACAUUAUGGAGAAAUGGAAGGUGGCAUUGGAGUGUAUUAAGUCAAAGAUGGGCUUGACUUUGAAGGAACAGAGGUAUUGCUUUGGAUCCCUUUGUUUGAAAAUGUGCUAUUUUCUCUGAUGGAAAUCCUUGGAUAUGACAUUCUUUUAUGGGAAACAAUUAGUUAUAGAAAAGAAAAAAACAAUUAUUUAUAGGGGAAAAACUAUAGUCUAUGUCAUUUUAGGUAUUCAAUUCAUUUCAACAAAAUUUUGUUGGUAGCUAGACAUCUUAAGCAUGUAUAGUCGAAUGCAGAGUGUCUCUAGGCCUCUUGCAUAUUAUGAUUAGGGUGGUUGGUAACUUGGUAUGCUUUCAUGUUAUCAACUUUUGAUGUGGCAAUGAAGAUAAGCAUGGAAGGACUUGUAAUGAACCAUAUAGAAUGUAAAUCUUUUUUAGAAAUUUGACAUUCGACCAAUUUUUUCAUUUUUGUAAAUUUUGACUAAAAUAACAAUGUCCAUUUCAAAUUUAACCUAAAACAGCUAUAAAGUUAUGAAACCAAAUACUUAUUAAAUUAGAUUAAAAUUAAAUAUUGGGUAAACCAGAUUUGAUUUUUAAUUUAUUUAAAAUUCCCAAAAAUUGAAAUUAUUUUAAUUGAUUUAUAAAUUCAUAUAUUUUAAAUAUUUUAAAACUAGACAUAGGAUUUAAGAAGAAAAAUGGUAAUCUUCAUAUUUGAUUUUAAACCUUUACUAAAUUAUUUUAAAAAAGUUAUUGGAUGGAAAUCAAAUAGUACUGACCGGUUAACAGAAUUUUGGACAUAAGAGCUGCCAGCCAAUAAAAUUUCCACUUCUAUUUUGGUUUGGUUAAUUUGGUUUUGUGAUGCUUUUGGUUUUGGUAUAAGACCAAAAAGAUGUAGUAAAAAUUUUAAAAUUUAAGACAUAAUUCUAUUGAUAAUAAAUAUACGAAAACUCUUAUAUAAAUAUAUGGUUCCAUUUAAAUUAUAAAUUAAUAACUAGUAUCUGAUUUAAAACAAUAAGAGGGUGUGUAUUCAAUUUAGAAGUUGAUGUGGUAUGUUUUUAGUACAUCU